AUGAUGGCACCGGCCCUUUCGCCCUUCGGGAUCGGCGAGUCGCCGGAGGAAUACCCGGAGGACGACGAAUCCCCGGAAUUCGAGGGGCCCUCUAUAGCCGCUCCACCUCUGGACUACGCGCCCACCGUGGCACCGGCCUACGCUCCCUUCUUCGGGAUCAGCGAGUCGCCGGGGGAGGCCCCAGCCGGCGCCCCGGAGGCCGAGGCCACCAGCCCGUCCUCCGAGGAGAUGGCCGCCGCCCCGUCCUCCGAAGACUACGACGUGUUGGACGAGGAGGUGCUCGCGCCCGACGGGGCGGCCGGCCCGGAAAUCGAGGAAAGCCCGGCCACCACGGCGACGGCCGUCCCCAAGGCCCCCGCGCCGGCUCCCGGCCCCUCGGCCGACGACGAGGACAGCGGCGCGAGCACGAUCGUCCCCACCCGCCGCAGCCUCGUGGCUGCCGUCGUCUUCGCAGCCGUCUGCGCCGUGGCCGCUUCCUGA